GGCAAGCAGCAUAGGCAGUCUAAGCUCCUCAAAGUUCCAGUUGAUCCCCAACAAACCUUCCUCUGACACCACAGAACCUUCAAAUCUCCAAAUACGGAUUCUACACAUUUCCAAAAACCGGGGCUAGUUAAGAAGAGCAUGUGACAAGGUGUCCUCAUCCCCUUCUGUGUCUCUGUUGUCUCCAGCUGUCCUGACCUGUCGUUCUGGAACACUACUGAACUCUAGGAUUACCUGUGCAACGAAAACAUUUGGGACACUACAGGAGGAAAAGAAGCCAUAAAUCCUAGUCAAAAUUCCCCCUCCAGAAUUCACUGUCGCAGCCUGCAGGUCUCACUCACCGCAUCGCUGACGUAUCUGACCCUGUGAUGGAAACAGUUGAGGCAGAUUACAUGCAAACAGGAGCUGAUGACGUAGUAGAUGAGGAGGAAGCUGCCAUCGCCAUGGCUAUAAGCAACACAGCAGAAGCGGGGAGAGAAGAAAGAGGUGCCAUGGCAAUCGGUGAUGCUCUAAUCGAAGAAACAAGUGCCACACUCAUGCCAAAUAGUGACUCUGCAGAAAUGCCAAUCAGUGGAGCCACAGUGGCACAGACCCUAAUUGAUGGGGCUACAAUGACGCCAAGCAGUGGUGCAAGACAAAUACUAAUUGAUGGAGAGAUGGAAUUACUAAGCAAUAGUGCCACAGCAACACCAACCAUUACUGAUAUAGAUAUACCAGCUGGUAGUGCCACAGCCAUGCCAGUAGAUGGAGAGAUGGAAUUGCCAAGACGUAACGCCACAGCAACACCAGCCAUGCCAGCUGGUGGUGCCACAGCCAUGCCAGCUGAUAGAGAGAUGGAAUUACCAAGCAAUAGCGUCACAGCAACACCAACCUUCACUGCUACGACCAUGCCAGCUGGUGGUGCCACAGCCAUGCCAGUUGAUAGAGAGAUGGAAUUUCCAAGCAAUAUUGCCACUGCGACACCGACCACUGGUGCCACCGCAAUGAUGUUCAGUAUCGGCAUGGACUAUGAACCCUCUACCCCUGAUGUGGAUCUGUGUAAGGUCUGCGGGCAGCGUCACUUGCUGGACGAAAACCAUGAGUACAACUACAAAGAAGAGGUGGAUGAUGAGCUCACAUGCCACAUCUGCCUGCAGCCCCUAAUCUCCCCACUGGACACACCAUGUGGACAUACCUACUGCCAGGAGUGCCUAACCAACUUCCUAGUGGAGAGUGAUUUCUGCCCAGUGGACCGUGUGCCCAUCCUGCUACAGAACUGCCGCAAGUCCAACGUUCUUGUGCACAAGUUGCUGGACAAGCUCACCGUGUCCUGCCCUUUCAGUGAGCACUGUUCUGAGACCAUGUCGAGGGGAGACCUGCAGGGACACAUUCUGAGAAGGUGUAAAGGAGCUUCACAUUAUGGCCUGUCGGCUGAGAGGAAGCGGCGCUCGCAGGAAGGAGAGUGUACUGACAGCACAUCGGAGCUCGCUCUGGCAACCCUGGCCGGCGAUGGACCUGCCUCCAGCGCCAUGGCUCUCCUAUCAGAUGAUCCUGGCCUUGUCAACCCUGCGUACGAGCCUGGCAUGGAGGACAACAGCCAAUCAGGAAGCACCACCAGCCUGACAACACGCAGCAACUCUAAGAAGAGUGAGUUCCGUAACUUCGACCGCUCGUCUGUGAGGAGUCGCUCGUUCCGACGUCUGAACAGAGCCUUCAGCGUGCUCAGGAGGACCAAGAGCGGCACGGCGGUGGUCCACGACAACACCGAGGAAAGCGACAACCUCCGAAAUGCCACCGUACCACAAGAGGUUUUCGCUCUGCCUCAGCUCCAUCAUCUCAUUCCUGACGGCGAGGUCACCACGGUGAAGAUCACGCGCUCUGACCCCUGUGAGCCGCUGGCCAUCACCAUCGUGGGGGGAAAUGAGACGCCUCUUGUGCGCAUCCUUAUCCAGGACAUCUACAGAGAAGGAGUGAUUGCUCGCGAUGGAAGACUUCUGCCUGGAGACAUGAUCCUCAAGGUGAACGGUAUCGACAUCACCAACGUACCGCACUGCUACGCCCUUGCGGCUCUGAAGCGUCCCUGCAUGCUGCUCAGGCUGACUGUGCUACGUGAACAGCGCCAUCGUUACCGCGCUCAUCACCACCACCACCACCAUCACCACCAUCAGGUGCCUCAACCAGGCGAGCUGCUGUAUCCGGGCUCCGGUGGCAACGUGAGGGACGACAGUCUGCACGUGGUACUGCUGAAAGGAUCGCCUGACGAGCAGCUGGGUAUCAAGCUUGUGCGCCGACCCGACGAGCACGGCGUCUUCAUCUUCCACCUGCUAGAAGGAGGUCUGGCCGCGCGGGACGGGCGUCUGCGUAUCGACGACCGCGUGCUUGCGAUCAAUGGACACGACUUGCGUUACGGUGCUCCUGAGCAUGCUGCACUGCUCAUACAGGCCAGUGUGGAGCGAGUUCACUUCAUCGUCUCGAGGCAGACUCACGUUCCUGCCCCGGAUAUAUUACAGGAGGCACCGUGGAACAUGGAGGGACCGCCGCCAUACUCCGCUGUGGAUGUGGAGCAGUCGUUGGUGGAUUCGUGCCAAAAGCCAGGGUGUUAUGAGAAGACGGUGACUCUGGUUAAAGAGACGAACGAGUCUCUGGGCAUGACUGUAGCAGGAGGAAUGAACAGCCGAGGCUGGGACCUGCCCGUCUACAUCACCAACAUCGACCCCAACGGCGUGGUGUCUCGUGAAGGCUCCAUCUGCAAAGGUGACAUCCUGCUGAACGUGAACGGUGUGGACCUGACCGGUGUGACUCGAGGCGAGGCGGUGGCUAACCUAAAGAACACCACGUCCCCGGUGGUGCUGCGUGUGCUGGAGAUGACACCUCCUGACACGAGCUCUGUGGACUGCAUGCCCCCUGCCGUGUCCUCGCCAUCCUCGCCUGGAGACGUCAAAAUGCCCCCUCCCAACGAGGAUUACUCCCCCAUCUGGGUGUCCUGGCUCCAACUGCCCAGGCACCUGUACAGCUGUAAGGACAUCGUGUUGCGUAGGAGCACGUCGGGGAGUUUGGGCUUCAGUAUCGUAGGAGGUCAAGAGGAGCUCAACUGCAAUCAGUCCUUCUUCAUCCGCUCCAUCGUGGAGGGAACGCCGGCGUACAACGACGGCAGGAUACGGUGUGGAGACAUCCUGCUGGAGGUGAAUGCGAAGAGCACAUGGGGAAUGACUCACACUGCUCUAGUGCGCCUGCUGAAGGAACUCAGGGGCCGUAUAACUCUCACCAUCGUCUCCUGGCCCGGCAGCCUGCUAUAGACACAUGUUGCUCAGAGGGAGGGACUUAUUAUUACAAUGACCCUAUGUCUGAGCUUGGAGCGUCACACAGACCCCGCCCACAAUGAACGGGCUUUUGGACAUGGACUUCCAUGGUAGGCAAGUCGUAUGAAAUGGACCGGCGCCGUAGAACAUGAGGCAAGGUGCUUUGGCUUCAUCCAGGAAUGUGGGACUGACAUGGACCUCAGAUGCUGAAGUCGGGACGUACAGACUCUCUUCACACGAGGACUAACCAGAGGUGUUGGCCAUUGGAACGAGAUCCUCCAGUUUGAAGGUGGUUCAGGUUUAACGCCCCAUCUAAUAGUCCUAUUGCCAUCAUUUCACUGGCUGCCUGUGCACUCGAUCGCUCGCACCUUCCCUGAUAUCAUCAUUAAGGCAAAGGAAACAGACUCGCUGUUUCUGAGGCCGCACAUACACGAGGCGCUGUCGAGAAAAAAAACGAAAGCACCUAGACGAGCCACGGUCAUCACCAUGGUGAUGAGGAUACGAGUGUGUGAUAAAAGUGUAUAUAAAUACUACUCUAUGGGCAAUGUGCAAAUAUAUUUCUUAAGUGUGUAGCAGAUUUGUGGUGCAAGAGAAAGGACUUCUGGGAUACAUGGCAGUUUGAGUUUGGGGUUGCCAGCGCUGUUAGUUUCUAUGUAAGAACACGCUUAUAAGUGGACGCACAUUUCUUUUCUGUUAAUGCGUGUGUCCUUUUUGGGUCCUGGGGGGUGGGGGGGACCAAUUCAAGUGUACUAUGGCGACUGUUUCUUUCACUCGUUUGUUUACUUCUCCCUGUUCCUUGGCCUUUUUGGAUAUCGACAUCGCGCUGUUUGCUCCGACGGUUGUUUGCUCUGCAUUUUCUCCAUCCAGUGAAGAAAGAAGGGUUUAUUUUGUCUUUGUCUGUAUGUUUGGUAUGUUCCAGAUGCCGUCGCUGUUCUAUCUUUGAUGAGUAUUAUAAAAAAAAUAAUUAUAAAUAAAUAAAUAAAUAAAUAAAUAAAAGAAUGACAUUGACAGAAGAAUAUAUGUUCGUAACGCUCUUUGAAAAGCAUUUUAUAUAUGUGUGUGUGUGUGUAUUUUAUAUAUAUAUUAUAUACACAUAUGAAAAUAUAAUUAUAAUUUUAUAUAUAUAUAUAUAUAUACACACACACACACACACUCCUGCUUCUAGUAAAUGAGAACUUGGCAGCCUUGCUGAUUUUGUGUUUUCAGAGAUAUGAGACAGAAAAGAUGACACGCACAUCCACAGAGAUAAUCUUUCAUGUCUACAGGUCAUGGUGGAAAGCCGUGCUCUUUCUGUCUCAUGUCUCAUGCUAUGGCUCGUGCAGCUUUCUGUAUCCGAUGAUACUUUUGGUUAAAUGAAAUAAAUAAAAUUAUUCUCUAAGGAAA